GAGAGAGAGAGAGAGAGAGAGAGAGAGAGAGAGAGAGAGAGAGAGAGAAGGGGGGGAUUGGAGUGGGGGGAUCAGGAAAUAUUAUUACAAAAUGGGUGGCAUGAAGUGUCUUAUGCGGAGCUUCGUAGAUUGCGUGAGUUGCUCCCCCUUCUUGGGAAACGAGUCCUCCGACGAGACCAAGCUGGUCGAAGGAGGAGGGGUCGUCGACGUCGACGUCGACGUCGAGGCGAAGAAGCGAGAGCCCGGGGGAUGGAAAUGCAUGCCCUACAUCAUCGGGAACGAGACGUUCGAGAGGUUGGCGUCGUACGGGCUGACGGCGAACUUCACGGUGUACCUGGUGAAGCGCUUCCACAUGCAGCAGCUGGUGGCGGUGAACGUCGCCAACGUCUUCAACGGCACCGCCAACUUCGCCCCCCUCCUCGGCGCCUUCCUCUCCGACGCCUACUGGGGCCGCUUCCGCACCCUCGCCUACGCCUCCUUCGCCUCCUUACUGGGGAUGGUGAUCCUAACCCUGACAUCAGCAAUCCGGCAGCUCCGCCCGCCGAGCUGCAGCCAAUCGACGGCCCUGACCGGGCAUUGCGCGGGCCCGUCCCACGCGCAGCUCGGCGUGCUCAUCCUCUCCCUCGCCCUGCUGGCCCUCGGUGCGGGCGGCAUCCGCCCGUGCAGCCUGCCCUUCGGCGUGGACCAGUUCGACAAGGAGACCGAGAAGGGCCGCCACGGCCUCGCCAGCUACUUCAACUGGUACUACUGCACCUCCACGGCCGGAGUCCUGAUCGGCAUGACCGUCGUUGUCUACAUCCAGGAUUCGUAUAGCUGGACACUCGGGUUCAGCAUUCCGACGUGCCUCAUGGUGCUGUCGAUCGCGUUCUUCUUUCUCGGCACGAGGCUGUACGUCUACGUGCUGCCCGAAGGGAGCGUCUUUUCCGGGGUGGUGCACGCUUUCGUCGCGGCGAUAAGGAAGAGGCGGCUGCAGCUGCCCGCAGCGGAGGACGCGGCGGAGCAGGAGGCGAAGCUGUAUCGCGGACAGCUCGCUAAGGGCUCGCGGAUUACGCGGCUUCCGUUGACACUCCAGUUCAGUUGGUUGAAUAAGGCCGCGAUCGUCUGCGAUGGCGAGGUCAAAGAAGACGGCAGCGUCGCAAACCCAUGGCGGCUCUGCAGCGUGCAGCAGGUUGAGGAGAUGAAGUGCCUCAUCAGGAUCAUCCCCGUCUGGGCCGCCGGCAUCAUCUGCUUCGUGGCCUUGGCCCAGCAGUGGACCUUCGCAGUGCUCCAGGCCUUGACAAUGGACCGCCACCUCGGACCGCACUUCCAGAUCCCCGCGGGCUCCUUCGCCACCAUCGCCUUGCUCACCCUCACCCUCUUCAUCCCCAUCUACGACCAGCUCUUCGUCCCCCUCGCUAGACGCAUCACCGGUAUCGAGAGCGGGAUAACAUUGCUCCAACGGCAAGGAGUGGGCCUGGUGAUCUCCGUCUUCUCCAUGGUGGUGGCCGGACUGGUCGAAGAGAAGCGGAGGCGCUCGGCCAUCGCCCACGGCGGCGUUUCGCCCCUCUCCGCCCUGUGGCUUGCGCCGCAGCUCGUUCUCUUGGGCGUCGCCGAGGCGUUCAACGCGGUGGGUCAGAUCGAGUUCUACAACCGGCAGUUCCCCGAGCAAAUGCAGUCCAUCGCCGGGUCGCUCUUCUACUGCAGCGUGGCGGGGGCGAGCUACCUGAGCAGCAUCAUCGUCGCCGUGAUACACAAGAGCACGGGAGGCGACGGGCGGCCGAGCUGGCUGAACGACAACAUAAACACAGGGAAGUUGGAUUACUUCUACUACGUGUUAGCCGGUAUGGGCGCCGUGAAUUUCGCGUAUUUCGUGGUGUGCGCGCAUUCCUACAGAUACAAGGGCACGCCGGAGACGGCGAAGGUGGAGGCCGGAGAAGGGGGCGGGGAAGGUAAAGUAGUUCCAUAAAAGCUGUGAGUUUCUUGAGCAAAAUGGGAGUAAUGCAGAGUAGCUAGAUGAUUCUCAAGGAAAAUUGGUAGUGAUGGGGCUUCUUCUAAGUUGUUGGAUAACCUGGGAAUUUUUUUUUUUUUUCUCUCAAAUAGCAACAAGAGUGAGAGAGUGCGCAACACUUGUGUAGCAGAAUCUAUUUCUACUAUUGCUACAUGAAGUUACUUUGCUUGGAUUGGAUAGAAAGUGUGAUAAGGAUGAUUACAUAUUACAUAUAUAAAUUACUAGAAGGGUGAGUAGAAGUGGAAUGGUGAGUGAUUUGUGUAGAGAAACAAAAGCUUUGAAAUGGGAGUGGGUUUGGUGAGGGACUCAGCAACCUGCAUCAGGUUUGGGAGUCAAGUUGUGUAUGCUUUGUAUUUUGUAUACAUCGACACUCAGCAAUGAAUACUAUAUUUUGUAUAAUGCAAAUCCUUUGUGAUCAA